CUCCUUUUACAUGUUUUUUUUUUUUCAAAAAGAAUAGAUAACAAAAAAAAAUGCAUACCACACUCUCUUCUAUUAUCUGCUCUGUUGCUUUGAUAAUCGCCGUGAUGGCAUCCACCACAUCUGCUUAUGAGCUGUGGUACAAGAUUUGCGAUACAGAGGGCAUCCCUGUUGAACCUUUGCGCAAAAAAAUGAUCCCUGGAGAAAAUCCUUUUAGAUACUUGCGUUCCCUUACUUUCUGUGGACGAUAACAUUUGCGUAAUUCAGCCUCAUGGUCCAACAGGUUGCAAGCGUUACUUGGACAAGCGCUGUCGCCACAAAGGCAUCUCACCAGUCGGAUCUAUCUACUGCGUUGAGCCAUAAAAGCAAUCUAGGGAGAGACUGCUUCCAAGCAUAAC